UACUACUUUGUGUUUGUAUUGGUGAAUUAAUCAAUGCCUGGCAGCAGUGGAUAUACUUGGAUUGCUCGCACAAACUCAACCUCGAGUCUGUCAGUGAGGUACGGUCACAGCCUCACGCUGCUGGACGGCUCGCUCUACCUGUUUGGUGGCACGACCAACGACGUGAGCAACACUGCGUCCGAGGACACGUACGCAGAGUACUUUGGCGACUUGCAUGUAGCCGCGACAACGGGACCAGAUGCAUAUGCGUGGAAGAAAAUCGAGCAGCAAGGCGACCUGCCCAAGGAGCGCGAAGGCCACACGACGAACGCGUUUGCAGGCCAGCUGUAUCUGUUUGGAGGCAGCGCCGACCAUGAGACAAACCUGAGUUUCAACACGGUGCAUUCGUUCAAUCCGGCCACGAAUGCGUGGACGCUGUGCAAGCCCGCAGGCUCGCUGCCAAAGCCGCGACUCAACCACACUGCGACGGAUUUCGGUGUGGGCAAGGUGCUGGUUUUUGGCGGCUAUUGCAACCGCGAAGCCAUUAACGAUUUUGCCGUCCUCGACAUCCCGACCAUGUCCUGGUCUGUCCCUUCCACGAGCGGACCGGUCCCUUCUCCCCGAUGCGACCACGCGGCUGCAUCCAUUGACAGCCGUGUCUACAUUUUUGGAGGCACGGCCGGGUCGGAUGUGUGGCUCAACUCUCUGCACUGCCUCGACACUGCGACCAUGGCGUGGACCAGCAUUAAUGUCGCCAACCCUCCAAUUGCUCGCGACUUUUGCACCUUGAUUGCCUUCCCAGAGGCUGAUGGGGACGCGCUUGUGCUCUUUGCUGGCACGACGGGUGCUCAGGACGGCGACGAGGGCGAUGCUGUUCAUUUCAACGAUGUGCAUGUGUUCCAGUCUGCGUCUAGCAACUGGCGCCUUGUCGCGCCGGAGGGCAAAGCCCCUGCAGAGCGCUGGGGACACUCGGCGGUGCUUGUAAACAGCGAGAUGAUUGUUGUUGGCGGCACCAACGACACGUGCGACUUGAACGACACCAUCGCGCUGACCCUUCCCGUGCAUGUCGAGUCCAAGGUCGCGCAGCUCAAACGAACCAUGCAAAUUCCCGUGGGCAAGCCAAGCCAAGCAACCCCGAAUGCCACAAAGCCUUCUGAACCCAUUGCGGCUACUGCUGCUGCUGCUGCUACUACUACUACCACUACCACUACUUCUACUGCCGAAGCUGCUGCUCCUGUCACAGCUGCACAGAGUGCUGCCAGCUCGGUUUCGCCGCUUCCUCGCACAACGCCACCGCAAGUUUCGUACGCCAUCAACACUCCCGUCCCCGCUCCUGCCCCGGUCAUCAUUCCGACCGUCAUUCCAAGCAGUGCUGUUGGCAGCGACGUGACUGCGCCGGUUGAUCAGCUGGAGCAAAACAUGCUCUCCACGCUCAAGCAGCUCUUCGAGACGCUCCGCGCGCAAACAGCGCAUGUCGACCACCGCUUGCUGCAACUGGAGGAGGACAACCGCGCACUCGAAGCAACGCGGACUGUGCAGACCGAGAUUUUCGCUCAGCAGCAGCAGGAGGUCGAGCAGCUCAUCCAGGAGCACAAGCGCGACAACGAGGCUUGGCUGGCCGCGCUGACUUCCGAGAAUGACGUGCAACGGGCUGCGCUGAAUGCUGAAUGGGCUGACCUGCGCAACCAGCAAGCGCAGCUGGUCAAGGAUCGCGAAAUGUUUACCGAAAAGUCCAAAAAGAUGGAGGCGAUCAUGCAGCAGUUUUCGUCGCUGGGUCAGUAGGCGGACUGCGGUGUCUGUGAUGUGUGUUGUUUCUUUCUAGGGACAGCUUCUCGUCGGUUUUGUGGUGUGUGUAUGUGUGUGUGUGUGAGGACAAGUCUCUUGUUUGCCCCAACGUGAAUGUCGUUGCUUGAACUGCUCCGUCUCAAUCGAAAUUGUGCAAUGAAUUCUGCUCCUGAUCCAAUUUCAUCAUCUUUGCUC